AGAAUAUUCCGGUUCUUCUUGACCUACCAAGAUUUGUGGACUAUCAUGCACAGAUCCUUCUGAAGAGCUUGGACCAAGUAGGAUCAGUGCUAGCAAGGCAAGACUGCAUGGAACCCUUGUUGCCAAGCUCCUGCAAUUCCCCCACCCCCUUCUUCCUUCUUCCUACAUCUGCAGGAACGUUCCUUGAAGAGAACCGAACACUUCACAAGUCACUAUUAUAUUCUUCUUACAGCUUACUACUAAACUUUUCAACUAUUAGGAUAAAACAUGGCGCGGUUCAUUCCUAUUCUCUUCCUAAUAUCUCAGGCGUUUGGGCACAGCUUGUACACUCAGUGUCCUCCCGGAUGGAUAUCAAUGUCUCCAUCUCUGGGUUGUCUUCUCUACCAUACCGAGGCUUGUGGAGGGGUUCAAGGGGGAGGUUGUGACUGGAUACAGGCUACAGAAUCUUGUCAGAGUAUCGGAGCUUGGUUGGUUGAAAUUCAUUCAGGAGAUGAACAGAACUUUAUUGUUACCAUGGCAAAGGCUCUUGAAUUGAUCCACGGCCCCCUGGAUUGGUGGAUUGGAUUAAAUGAUCUAGGAAAUGAAGGAAAUUGGUUGUGGCAGCACUCUAGAUCCAACCUAACCUCAGGAAAGUUCUCCUCCUGGGGGUUAGGAGAACCUAAUGGAACCUAUCUAGAGAACUGUGCUGCUAUGUCCUAUGGAAGUUUAAACUAUAGAUGGAGUGAUCUGGGUUGCGGGAAACGAGCUAGAACUUUUCCUAUCUGUCAGAAGUUUUAGAACUUUUCCUAUCUGUCAGAAUUUUUAGAACUUUUCCUAUCCGUCAGAAGUUUUAGAACUUUUCCUAUCUGUCAGAAGUUUUUGAACUUUUCCUAUCUGUCAGAAGUUUUUGAACUUUUCCUAUCUGUCAGAAGUUUUAGAACGAUUCUUCAUUUUCUAUAGAAUUUUUAGAACUUUUCCUAUCUGUCAGAAGAUUUAGAACGAUUCUUAAUUUUCUAUAGAAGUUUUGGACAGAAUAGAAGUUUUAGUCUGAUUUUUUCUUUUUCCAUUGAAGUUAACAAGUUUGUCCUCUACCCUAGAAGUUUAACACUGACUAUCCAGGGACUAUCCUGGAACUAUCCUGGGACUAUCCUGGGACUAUCCUGGGACUAUCCUGGGACUAUCCUGGGACUAUCCUGGGACUAUCCUGGGACUAUCCUGGGACUAUCCGGGACUAUCCUGGGACUAUCCUGGGACUAUCCUGAGACUAAAUUAAAUGAUUAACAAGAAAUCUUCCAUUAUCUUCUUUUAUUAAAUGUUUAAUAUCAUUGUAAAUAUAGAAAUCUAUAAAUAAAUCCAAUUUUGUUUUA